AUGAGUAACAGCAGUACAGGAAGAAAUGGGAACGGAGGUGGGCCUUGCGGGGCGUGUAAGUUCCUAAGGAGAAAGUGCGUGAAGGGUUGCGUCUUUGCACCAUACUUCGAUUCGGAGCAAGGCACGGAGCACUUCGCGGCGGUGCACAAAGUGUUCGGCGCCAGCAAUGCCUCCAAGCUGCUGCUGCGAAUCCCACCCCACAAGCGCCUCGAUGCCGUCGUUACCCUCUGCUACGAGGCCUUGGCUCGGCUCCGAGACCCCGUAUAUGGCUGCGUCGCCCACAUCUUCGCUCUCCAACAGCAGGUGGUGAAUUUGCAGGCGGAAUUGGCGUACGUUCAGGCCGGGCUCUCAACGGCGCAACCUCCUGCAUCUCUGCUGCAGCCUCCACCUCAACCCCAAAUCCACACCACUUCCUCCUGGGACAUGGCAUCCACCAGCAGCAGCUCUAACCCAUCCUUAAUGCUGCGUUUUGAUCCUCUCCACUUGGACCAAAUUAGCCCUGCCGUCCUAGAUAUUGAUCAUCUGGAUUUUAUCAACGGCGGCAACCUCCAGCUGCUGGCUCGAGAGUUUGUCUCAAGGUACUUGCCCGGCGCCAGAUUCGGCUCUCCCACUGCCUAG